CUUGAGACCAUUCUUCUACCACGCCCAUCGCGCAUUUCUCACUCUUUCGUGUUUCUUAUUCUUACUCUCGUUUUUCUCACGCUCACAAAGAGGCCGCAAAACAGCUCGCGAGAUGGCACCCCGGCCCAGGUAUCGCCGCUCCCAGCUCGAGCCGUACUUUGCCCGCAUUCGGGUGCCCGUCACAGAGCGUCCCGGCAAUGUCGAGGGCCUCUCACCCGCGAAGCAGCUCGAGAUUCUCACGCUUCUUCACAAAUGCCACCUGUGCAACAUUCCUUUUGAGAAUCUGAGCCUGCACUACUCGUGGCAUCGCAUCAUCGAUGUCGACCCUCAACACCUCUUCACCAAGAUCAUUCUCGAGCCGGGCCGCGGAGGCUACUGCAUGGAGAACAACACGCUCCUCUACACGUUGCUUGUGACCUUGGGUUUCGAUGUCUACAUGGCCGGCUCCAGGGUGUACCAGCAGGAGCUCGGCAAGUACAAUGGCUUCAAUCACUGCGUCAUCGUCGUCAACAUUGGCGACCAGCCGUACAUGGUUGACGUGGGCUUCGGCGCCAACGGACCUCUAGCUCCUCUCGAGAUGGAUGCCGAGGCGAACCAAGUCAUCAAACAUAUUGGACCCAUGAGCAUCCGCCUCAGAUACGACUCCAUUGCCCAGAGCUUCAACCGGAAGGACAAGUUCUGGCUCUACGAGCACCGACUUCAGCCCGAUGCCGAUUGGGCACCCCUGUAUUGUUUCACCGACAUGGAGUUCCUACCCGAGGACAUCAAACACAUCAACAUGGCACCCGCCACUACGCCGACCAGCCUGUUCGUCCAAAAGGUUCUAUGCACGCGCUUCACCACGGACAACGACUUCAAGGUGGUCAAUGGCAAAAUCGAGGUGCAGACCCGAUGGGACACGGAUGACGCGGCCAUGAACGGCUCGCUGAUACUGCUGGGAAGCACACUCAAGCUGCGCACCGACGGCGUCACCGUCUGGCAGAUGGAACUGGAGAGCGAGACCGAAAGGCUCAAGGCGCUGCAGAAAUACUUUCUCAUCAAGCUUCCGGAGCAGGACAGGAAUGCGAUUCGGGGGUGCGCGACUGAAAUAGUCAGCAAGGUGCCUGCUUGAGAGGAGAGUGUCCCGGGCAAUUAUAUUACUCCUGCCUGGUUUAGAAAGUGUUGGAUCUUUAUAAGCUAGUGAGCUUACUCUUGCUAGCAUUUCUUGGCCUGUUAUUAUUGUUGAAACGACUUUAAAUUAAUGAUACACUUUUUUUCUUAUACUACAUUUAUUUGGUUUUUUGUAGUCUUACUCAAUAUCAUCAGAUAGAUCAAAGCCAUA